CCGACCACCACCUUCCCUCAGCCCCCACGCUCCCUCUGCCUGGCUAACGCGCCCCUCGUUCCCCCUCGCGCCGCCACCAUGACUACCCAGCAGUCGCAGAACCUCCCGACGGGCCCGGACUACGCGGAGCAGAAGGCGGAGAAGGCGGACACCCUCCCGCAACCCGCCUCCUCCAAGGAGUCGCACAGCACCAUCGUCGACACCGCGCAGCUAUGGACAAGCCCCGGCACCGUCUUCACGACUCGCCAUCUCAUGACCGACGUCGACCCCGUCCAAUCGACGUUCCCGCUCGCCGCGUACUGCUUCAUGACCGGGUUCAUUGACUCGGUCUCGUUCACCGCGAUCUUCGUCUGGUGUGGUUUCCAGACCGGCAACUCCGUGCAGCUCGCGCUCGCACUCGCGCGUCUCUUCUCCGGGCCCGCGGGAUCCCGCGACACCUCCUUCCAUCUCGCGGACCAGCAGGCGCUCACCUCCGUGCUCACGUUCAUCGCGGGCGCAUCGCUGGGCCGUAUCGGCGACCGUAUGGGCCCGAAGACUCGCGCCUGGCUUUUCUUGGGCACCAUGAUCCAGGCGCUCUUCACCAUGGCCGCCGCGCUUACCGCGUGGAAGAGCGGGCAGGGCAGCAUCGCGGAGGUCCGUGGCGACCCGGCGUGGACGGACGCGCUCACGUUCGUCGCGAUCGCGUUCAUGAGCGCGAGUCUGGGGCUGCAGGGCAUCAUGGGCAAGCGGGUGAACACGCAGUUUGCGACGACCAUCGUGCUCACAACCGUCUGGUGUGAGCUGAUGGCGGACCCCAAGCUGCUCAACUUCCGCCAGCGCGUCAUCACCCGCGACCACAAGCUCAUCGCGAUCGUCGCGCUCUUCCUCGGGGGCUUCGUCGGGCGCGCGAUCAUCGACGCCGCGGGCGCGGCGGCGACCCUCGGGGUCGGGACGGGCAUGCGUGUCGUCAUCGCCAUCUGGUGGCUCUUCGUCCCCGGGAAGGCGGCGAAGAUCGCCGGGAAGCCCGUCUCUGCGUGAGUGUUUCUUCUGUGAGGGGGACGAGGGUGGUGGGAAGGGGCGCAUUACCGCCGCUUCGCCAGUGGAGCGCGGGGGACGGUUCUUUUUGGUAGAUACCAGGGAUAGGCCGGGCGUGAAAAGCCCCGCCUGCCUCCACAUUCGUUGCUGAGAGCGCGUGGAUAUUACUUCUUGGUACCAUAAUGGCAGAUUGCACAUAUAGAUGACUCGCAUAGAUUUCUCUCUUUACCCGGGAAUACAACCAAUGAAACGAUGAUUCCCAUGACCGUAUUUGUUAGGCCCAAAAGCAGAUGGAAACGCACAGGCUGAGGGACCUUUCUCGACAUGCAAGUGUUCCGGUCUUGCUCUGAGCAGCUUCCCUUCGCUCCGGGCUAUGACUUCGAAGCUGGAGUAGUUGUAGACCGGUGGAUAGCGUUCUGUUCGCAAGGAUCAUGGUGAGGAUCCGUACCCUCAUGUGAACGCCCAACACAUCUAAACUGGUCGGCUUUUCGGUGGCCAAUUCAUUCCAGUGGACCUUGCAGUCCGAAUGCAAAGACGGUGUUUCGGAAUGAUCUCUGGUAAGGAAAAGCGCGCCAUCGCCGUAUCCGACGUUCCAACAAGGGAUGGCGCACGCUCCAGCUAGAGGCGCACAGUUCGCUCUGGGACCUGCGGUAGACUCCUGCGAG